UGCGGACCUUCAUAAUGUAAAUUUCUUCUGUAACACAGAGGAGGAGCCUGAGAAUCUGACAGAUAUAGAGUAUUUGUGUCAGACUGAAGAACAAAAACGAUAAAACAAAUUUCUGCUGUGAUUUACUGAGGAGAGAUUGAGAAGAUGGCAAUGAUGGUGUUUUUGGUCAUUCUUCUGGUGGUUUUUCUGAUGAGUGGAUGCAGUCAGAAUGUAGAUAAGCCAGUUGACUGUUCUGAUGUUUAUAGCUCAGGAAAAACAGUCAGUGGGAUUUACUCCAUCUAUCCAGCAGGUGACAUUCCUGUCUGGGUUUAUUGUCAGAUGAUCUCAGAUGGGAACGAUGAAGACAAAGGAGGAUGGACGGUGAUUCAGAGGAGAAUGGAUGGCAGUGUGAAUUUCUAUCAGGCGUGGCAUCAGUACAAGAGAGGAUUUGGGAAUAUGGAGAGUGAAUACUGGCUGGGGCUGGACAACAUGUACCAGCUGACACGCAACAGGAAUUACAAGCUGAGAGUGGAUCUGGAGGACUUUCAAGGAAAUAAAGUUUUCGCUCAGUACUCGUCUUUCUCUGUGGGUCCUGAAGCUGACGGGUAUAUACUGCAUGUUUCAGGAUUCACUGAUGGAGGAGCUGGUGACUCUUUAUCUGUCCAUAAUGGAUUCAUGUUCUCCACCUUUGACAAGGACCAAGACAUCAGUCCACAUAACUGUGCUAAAAAGUAUCUUGGGGCAUUUUGGUACAUGUCCUGUCACCAUACAAACCCCAACGGUUGGUAUUUAUGGGGAGAAGAUCCCACCUAUUACGCUAUUGGAAAUGUUUGGUCAUCAUGGAAGGGUUACAAUGUUGGUAUGAAAUCCAUCAGCAUGAAGAUCAAACGUGUGUCUUAGAAGCAUUACAGUGCUUCUCAGAAAUAAACAGCAAAACAAUCAAAUUAAUUAAUAACUUAGGAAAUCAU